GAGCACAAGCUAGCACUGGGAAAAGUCUCUGCCUCCAAGAGCAGGAGAGAUGAAGAUCAUCCCAGUUUUCCUUUUGCUGGUCCCCCUGGCUGUCCCAGCUGGAGCUGACAAGGAUUUUUAUUCCGUUGGUUCCGCCGGAUCUCCGGAAACAAAAUCGAGAUUUGCGAUGUUGGACGAUGUCCGGAUCCUGGCCAAUGGACUCCUCCAGCUGGGCCACGGCCUCAAAGACUUUGUCCACAAGACCAAGGGGCAGAUGAAUGACAUCUUUCAGAAACUCUACAUUUUUGACAAGUCCUUUUACGAGCUCUCCCUGCAAACCAGCGAAAUCAAGGAGGAAGAAGAACAGCUCCGGCAAACCACGGCCAGGCUGCAACUCAACAACGAGGAGAUAAAGAACCUCUCCCAGGAGAUGAACCUCAAGAUUGAAGACCUCAUCCAAAACAAAAUCCAGCUGCAGGAGCAAGUGUGGGGACUGGAGGACAAGGUCACCAAGCUGGCCAUCAUCCAGCCUUCGGUGCAAGAGACAAAAGAAAUUUCUUCACUCAAAGCCUUCGUGGAGCAGCAGGACAGUGACAUCAAGCAGCUCCUCAAAAUCGUGGAGGAGCAGCACAUGCAGCUGGACAGGCAGCACAACCAGAUCAUGGAGCUGGAGGACAAGCUAAACCACAUCGAGGUCCAGGAACUUCUGGAGAAUUCCUUCACAGGAGAGGAGCAGGAAGCAGAGCCCAUCCCCUCUGCUGUGCACAGGCCCACGGCUGGGACAUACAGAACUGAUGGUGCUGCUGCUGACUGCACUGCUCUCUACCACACUGGGACAGUGCAGGACAGUGGGGUCUACACUAUCCAGCCCAAUGGCUCAGAAGCUUUCAAUGUCUACUGUGAAACAAAAUUUGGCACAUCCUGGACUGUAAUCCAGAGGAGAGUGGAUGGAUCACUGGAUUUCAACCAAACUUGGGAUGCCUACACCAAUGGUUUUGGUGACCUCAAUGAGGAAUUCUGGCUGGGCCUGAAGAAGAUUUACUCCAUCACCAAGCAGGGGAGUUACCUGCUGCGGAUCGAGCUGCAGGACUGGAGGGGGAACAGGAGGCACAUCGAGUACAGCUUCAGCCUGGGGGGCCCCAGCUCCAAUUUCAGCCUGCAGCUGUCCAGGAUGGCUGGGAGCAUCCCCAACGCACUGCCAGAGCACACAGAGCUGCCCUUCUCCACCAGGGACACAGCCAGGGGCUCCAGCUGCCCUGAGAACCAGCUGGGAGGCUGGUGGCACAGCGAGUGUGAGGAAACCAACCUGAACGGGAAAUAUGUCACACCGAGGUCCAGGGGAAGGCUGGACAGAGGAAAAGGCUUAUACUGGAAGCCCAAGAAAGGAAGGUACUACCUGCUCAAGUCAACCAAAAUAAUGAUCCACCCAACAGACUUAAAAAGCUUUGACUGAGUGCUCAGCCUGCAGCGUUUUCACUCAGAACAAACACACUGAACUUUACCACACCGAAGGACUUGAUGCUGUGUUUACCAACAGAUGCCAUGUCCCAGUCCAUGCCCUGCAUGGAAUUUCUCCAAAACAUAAACCUGAGGCAUCUGAGAUGGUCUUACAAAAUGUUUGGUGAGUAUUGUCAUUCCCUCAAGCCCCAAUGUCGAUGUGCUGCAAUUUCUUGUGGAGCUUUUCCCUCCCCAGGAUGAAAUUCUAAUGCCUAGGAGCCAACCUGUCACAUAUUGGAUAAUAUUGUUUGGGGGAAUGGGUUUUCAGGCUGUGCAUUCCUUUGUGGGUUGUGUAGUAGUGAAAACAAGAAGUUUUUUCCUGGGAACAAAGGGCUGGCAAAACCCUAGAGAAAACAUUUAGGAAAAAAAAAAAUUUUGUUUCUUGAAGUAACUAACUGAAUGUUUGUGUUUUUGUUGUGGAAUGCUUUAGGAGUAAAUGAAAGAUGGGUAAUUCCUGGUUUUAGGGCUCUGGGUAUUUCCAGUCAAUUUUCCAGGAUGUAGCUGAGGCCAAUCCACCCUCUCUGGAGCACAGGGAGCCAGAGCAGCCCUGCUCCUCUGGAGCCCACACUCUGCACAGUCACUGCAGAACUGGGGCUGUCACUGAGAGUGAAGAGCCAAACUUCACUGAAAGGAGGAAGAGAUCUGCUCUCCUCACCUGCAAUGAAUCACAGCCAAGCCUUUGUGACCUUUCAGUCCAACCAACUAAGGAAUUAAAUAAACAACCAAGUGAGCACACAACAAAAACACCCUUCACGUAGGGAGCAGCUGCUCCAAUGGGGUCAAGGGUGCCAACCCACAAACCCAGCAGGCACAAGCCACGGGACAGGGCUGGUCCAGCUCCUGGGGACACUCACACGUUGAACUUCAGCUGCAGAACACUGAGUGACAGCCUUGGGCUGGCUCUGGAAGUGCUGACUGACAAAGCCCCAAUCCUGCAGUUCCCCUGAGUCAUAUUGACUUGUUUAUCUUCCCCAACCCUUGUACAGCGUGGAUUUUUUUUUUAUCUCAGCACUCACAAUCACACAGGAAAUGGUUUUGGUUGUAAUUUGUCAAGAGUGAAACCCAGUGAAUAGAAUGUGUUAAUUACAGAAAUGCUGCAAAAAAAAAAAAGUCGUUUUAAUUCUCAUGGGUUUGUAACAGAGAUGAGAUCAUGCAGUGGUGCUUAUUUGUACUGGUUUACUGUAAUGUUAAAUUACCUGUUCAAUAAAUAAAUAGACAAAUAAAUAAAUGGCUGAGACUUUUCAAAAUAUAGUAUAUGGAACUUGACUAAACUCUUCUUGUAAACUUUGAUUUAUAAAAACCGGGUUUGCAUCUAAAUUUAAAUAAAGGAUUUUCUAAGUUGGU